UGUGUGUGUGUUGAGGUGUCUUCCUCCUUGUAGGCAGGCAGCUGUCAGCACUGGAACUCAAACAUGGAGGACAAACACCUGUGAUAUCUGGAAGCAGCGGUCAGACGUGAACCAUGAAACUCGCCACUGUGGCCUUCUACGGCGUCGCUCUGGGGCUUCUGGCGGCGGGCCUGCGAGAGCUGCUCACCGGCUUCGAGGAGAACAGAUGCAGCAUGACCUACAUGUUUGAGUACCCCGAGUACCGGCGCGUGGCUCUGCCUCGUCGUGUUGCCAGACUGUACCCAGCGUAUGGCCUUUACCUGUAUGGAGAGGGUAUUUACGCCCAGGAGACCCGAGCGCUCAAGCUCACUGGCGCCCCUGUGCUCUUCCUACCUGGAAAUGCUGGCAGUUAUAAACAAGCUCGCUCCCUGGGCUCUGUGGCCCUGAGGAAGGCUGAAAACAUAGAAGGAAAUGUCCACUUCAACGUGUUCACAGUGGACUUCAACGAGGAGCUGGUGGCCCUGUAUGGUGGCAGUUUGCUGCGACAGACGCACUUCCUGCAUGAGAGCAUUAAAGCCAUCCUGAGAUUGUACAAGCAUUUGAAGUCUCCUCCCCACAGCGUGGUGCUUGUGGGCCACUCCAUGGGAGGAGUGGUGGCUCGGGCGCUGUUCACUCUGCCCCGCUUCAACACCAGUCUGGUCAGCCUCAUCAUUACCCAGGCGUCUCCUCACCUGGCUCCAGUACUGGCCCUGGACCCUUAUCUGCUGGACUUCUACUCUUCUGUGAGACAUAAGUGGGUGAAACAGGCGAACAAACUCAGAAACAUCACAGUCUUGUCUAUUGGUGGUGGUUACCGUGACUACCAGGUCCGGUCUGGAUUGACAUCUCUACCGUGUCCUUCAGCAGACCCCAAUAAGUUGUCACUUGUGGCAACUGCAGUUCCCAGGACAUGGGUGUCCACUGACCACCUCUCCAUCGUUUGGUGCAAAGAGCUUGUUCUUGCAACAGUGAGGGCGUUCUUCGACCUUAUCAAUCCUGAAACCAGACAGUUCACAGAUAGCCCGGAAAAGAAGAUGGACGUACUAAACCAUCACUUCACCCGACAUCCUGUCAGAAUAGUGGGAGAGACUCAAGACUCUCCCAUCUCCAUCUCAGAUGUUCCUGAAGCGUGGAGUGAAGUGAACACACUGCGUCUGGCUUACAGCACACCAAAGGAAGGACAGGUGAAAUAUUUUAUGUUUGCCCUGUCGAGUCGCAGGAAAGCCUACAGCCAUUUCUACUGCCGGAGCAGCAACAUGGAGAUGACAAGCUGGGUGUACGGCUGCACGCACAAGAACGGUUCGUCGUGUACGCAUGCUGUGGAUUUGUCUAUGGGAACUGAACUUCUUCCACCUUACAAGGUCCUGAUUCUGAGUCUCAGUGACUUGUCUGCAGUUACCCAUCUAGUUGUUAUGGCCUCCAAUCUGAAUGGAAGACAGUAUAUGGUGGAGUGCGAGUGGCAGAGACAAGAAUCUCAGACUCUGUCUGUCCCAGUGCCACAUGUCUUGUCCUUUGGUUUGACAGUCAGUGACGUCACCGUCAACUCCUCUGGACUCCUUCAUGCCAUCGAGCUGCAGCACUUUCACCAGGUCUAUCAGGCUUUCAGAAUUACUGUUGCAAGCCAGUGCAAAGUACAUAAAGACAGGUUGCCCAAUGUAUACAGAAUAAUGGUGCCAUGGUUUCGAGAGGACACUUUAACCACAGCCAGUGUGCCCUCAGUGACUGAGAUCUCAGGGAUGCUCCAUACAAGUCGCCCAGACAACACCUCGAGUGUCCUCCUUCAGAUCCACACUGCCCCCAACUGCCAGUAUAAGGUGUCACUAAGGACGUCAUUACCCAGGGUACUGGGGCAGAUACUGAGGUUCUGUGGUCCCAUGGUGCCAGUGUACACAGCUGUCACACUCCUCUUGGCCUGUGGGGGGCAGCUGUCUUCCAUCCUGAAGUCAAAGAGAGCUGCAGACAUGAGUGGGGUGGUGGGCAAGGGCCUGCAGCUUCAUAAAGUCAACCUGCCUGUUUUUAUUCUGCACAUCUUACUCGGCUGUAGCCACUUUCAAGAAGCCUGGUCCACUCUUUGCCUCCCUCCUGUAGACGUCCUCCCCGCUUCCUUCCCUGAUGUAACGUUCCAUGAGAGCGUGGUGCCACUUGAAGAAUGGCCACACCUUCUUUCUCCUCUGCUUUACAUAUUGGGGGCAGCUGUGGCAUACUGGGGGAGCUCACUGCUCUGCCUCAUUAUCCGACUGAUCUCAUUAGUAUUAGCUCCGCUGCACAGACCGUCUGUCUCCAGAGACUGUGGCACCCUGAGGCUGCGGACCCAGCUCCUCCUCAGUCUGUGUUUGACUGUUAUGGGCGGGACAUGCUGUGGAGCGUUGUCGGUCUUUGCUGCAUUUCUUCUCCACUUUUAUAGGGUGCUAAGGCUACAAAUGACAGCGAGAUCUUUGAGUCACAUGCUUAAUCUGGUUCCUCGGAAACACAAAGAAGCUGAGAACGGCACGGUGGAUGCCGAGUGUUUGAACAGGUCCAAAGAAUGUAAUGGCGCCCCCCUGCUGUCGGAGUGCGCGGUGCAGGAGGUGAGGGACGACCUGCAGCUCCACCUCUGCCUCUCGGCACUCCUCACACUGCCUGUCAUGCUCAGUGCUCCAUCGCUCCUCCACUGGAUCCGCAACCUGAGAUAUUCCACCCAGCUGGAUCCUGACCCUUACUGGCCACUCAUUGUGCCUCUAGUUACGGCGUACGUGCUGCUUAUUAACUGCAACACGUUAAAACUCAGCAACAGUAAACUCCUGCCUCUGACCUCCUGCCUUCCUCUGCCGCUGGCCAUCACCAUGGUGAUCUUCUCUCCACUCCACCUCUACAGAGUCACUUACUUCCUGUUGCUGACACUGGCCCCGCUGGCGCUGUGUUGUCUGCUCUGACGGUAUCUUCGUCUCUACCAUAACAAGCCUUGCUCUAAGUCACAGCCUGACUGGUUGGCUGAUUUUGCUAUGUCCCGCUGCCAUGGAGCAGAGCUAUAGAGAUACAUGGCUUGGGGAACUGCCCUACUCAAUGUUGGCACUGAAAGCUCUGUGGCAUUUACACUAUGCGUUGACAUGAGCGGAUGUAAACGCUGUGGAACAUUUGGUGCAAAUAUUAUGGCUCCGCUGGAAUGAACCCGAAACCAAGUUUGCCUUACUCUGUAUAUCUAUAGCUCUGCCUUCAAGGAGCAACCACUCCACAACCAGUGAAGCUACUGAUACUAGAGGCUCUCAACAGGGUGUUACUGUGAACAUGUGUCUAGUUAGUGUCUGAAGUGGCUUUGGUCACUGUGGUGUUUAAAAAAAAAAACAAUCUCACACUGCCUCCUGCUUAGCAAUGAAUUA